AUUGGGACAUGGGGGAAGCACACAAAAACGUGUUCUUGGCCUCAGAGCAGCACGACAGUUGUAAUUUGGGCGCGUGUUUCCACAGAAGCAACGCGCGCCGCUCUGACUUUUCACAGAAACCAAACGACACCGAUUUUUUUUUUUUUUUUUUUUUUUUUUUGCGUUUUCCAGCGAGCAAUGCGGGGAGGGGCCGACCAGCGCGAUCCAGUCAAUCAGUUUCUUGCACGGCGGAUAACUUUCCGACAAAAGUUGAAGAAGAGGAAGGUUUCAUGUGGGCGGUUUCUGGGGAAUAAGCGACCGCGAGACGUUCUUCCUUUAAGUUUCACUUUCUCAGGUGAAACGUCGAGAAAACGGCCGUCUGCACGUCGGGACAAAUAGGCAGGAGUCAAAGUAGCUGAAUUCACAAACACGACGCCGCUGAGAGCAUCAGGAUGAUCCUGCUUCUUCUUUGCUUCUUCAUUACAGGCGUGUUCCCCAUGAAACCCAAGGAGAUCUAUGUCAAAGCCGGUGACCUGGUGGUGUUGCAUUGCGGAGAGUGUAAACAUGAUGGUACUCUAAUGGUCUGGACAAAGGAGACUGACCAGAAGAUGCAUCUGGACAGCAACAUGUCAGCGUCUGAGCAGCAGCAGCUCGGUUUGGUUGUUUAUCAGAACAGCCUUGUGAUUCUCAGCGCGUCUGUGAACCACCAGGGGAAUUACUCGUGCGGUCCUCUAGGGAAUACCAGCAGCAAGAUGUGGUUCAUGCUUACAGUAUGCCCAAAACAGUCCGAAGAGUGUAACAUCAGAAACAGGUACAAUCAGAGAUGUUACAGUGGCCAAAGCUGCACGCUGCAUUGUCCUGAAGGAUUUAUCGUUGCAGCAGAAAUCCCCAGAAUGAAGAGCUAUGAACCCAAAUGGUACAAGGAGAGUGGUGAGUUAUCGGAACAUUACUUCCCAAGGGUCAGUCUAAAGGAAAGUGGGAUCUACAUCUGCACCCGGUCUUUCUUGUAUUCUGGCCAAACAUACAAUACUUCCCACGCAGUGGUACUUGACGUCCAAAAAGGAGAGGAUAUUCCAAAUCUAGGAAUCGGUUCACCAAAGGAUGGUCAAGUUUUUGAAGUAGAACUUGGCACAGAGGUGGAGAUUGCCUGCAAAGCACUCACAGGUUCCUGUGAUGAUUCACUGUUUUGGACACGUGACGAGGAAUUUUUGGAUAACUGGGACUAUUACAAAGAUCCAUGCAAUGGGAGUGAAGGGACAUCGGGAUGGAUUACUACAACUUUAGUUUUCAGAGAGGUUUCACAGGCAAAUCUUUCCAAAAAUUAUACCUGUAAAUUUGAAAGUGAUAAACUCACACAAUUUGUCAAUAUCGUCCUCAGUAAAAAAGCUCAACCUUCGUACAUGAUGCUAACAAUAUGUACUGUCAGCAUUGCGGUGUUGAUGGUGGUGACCAUUGUUAUCUAUGUGAAGUAUAAAAUUGACAUCACCCUGUUCCUACGAGACAAAGUUGGCUUUAAAGUUUGCCAGAGCAACAACCCAGAUGGAAAAAGCUUCGAUGCGUUUUUGAUGAAUUACAAAAGUGUCACUGAUGGAGGACUGAGUGAAGAAGACAGGAAAUACCUGGCAAGUACUUUGGAAGAUCAGUUCGGUUACAGCCUCUGUCUUUAUGAUCGAGAUGUAUUGCCUGGUCAAGCUGUGGCCGAGGCCGUGUUAGACUGCAUAGAUGAGAGCCGGGCUGUGAUUUUGGUUCCCAGCUUUCCGGAUCCUGAGCUAGGAAGCGAGGUGCUGAGUGCCAUCCACGCUUCUCUUGUGGAGAAGAAGACGCGCUUGAUUUUCAUAAACACGGAGCAGAUGGAGGCAUCGACAUCAGGCUCCUUUCCAGAGGCUUUGCAGCUUCUCAGUAAGGCUGGAAAUAGCGUCACCUGGAAGGGAGGUCCACCCUCCUCCUCCUUCUGGAAGCAGCUACGUUAUCACUUACUGGCCCCACAGCAAGCACCAAAGAUGCAACUUUUAUCACAACAAUGCUAAGAUGAAACUGGAUCCUAACUAAUCAGUUCAUACUGUGCAUUCAACAUGUGAAAGACGAUGAACACCAACCAUAUUGUUUAUACAUGAACAAAAAUAAUGCAGAGUUCAAUUUUUGCUAUAUUUGUUUUUCAUUUCUCAUGUUUAUAUAUGAACACUUGAAUGCAAUAAGUUGUCAUUAGCUGUGAAGACUGGAUAUGUAAAAAUGUUACUAUUAUUUCCUCAUGUUAUUGCAUCAGUGCUAUCUGAUUAUUUGUAGUUGUCGAUGCAAUGUGUCCACAGCACAGUUAAAGUGAACAGCAGAAUGUGAAUCAAUCUCAGGUGUUUUAUUAUGUAUCUCUACAAUUUUGCUUCCAUAUAUUUAUUUUCUAUUUUAUUGCAGUCUUUGUUUAUUGCCAUCAGCCACUGUCCCUGUUACUGCCUUUGCUGCAUUAAUAAAAGUGAAAGGUGAGGUUUGAGUCA